AAUAUCCGAGCCCUGGUCAGUACAUAAGUACAUACGUGCCAUUAGGGCCAAUCAGAUCAUAAUUGGGUGGAGAAAGUACGUACAUACAUAUUUUCUAAUGCGCAGAUAGCGAGGUCUUAAUUUUUACAAUUGAAGUGUGAUACUACGAUUCUGUUUGAUCGAUCGAAAACAUUUCGACGGAAAAUUUUGCUGUUUCAUCAGAGCCAUUAUCGGGGAUAAAUUAUUCCAACGAUGUCGGGUAACCAACGAGAAAGUAGUGUUAACUGGGAUAGUUCCACGGAAGAAGAGGAUGCCGUUACGUACGAUACGAAAUAUAACAUGCGGUUAAGGGAAUCGCUGCGGAAUCCGAAACAACCUGCGACGAUUGAAAAUGAGAUCUCCGCGGAACCACGAAAACGAGGUCGGGGCCCUUCGAAGAGGCCCUGCUUGAACAGAAAUGCUUUAAUGGCUCGAGAAAAUCGACUUAAGAAAAAAGCGUACCUGGAAAAAAUAGAAAACAAACUGUCCUUCUAUCAACAGGAGAACAAGAACUUGGUGAAUCUUAUAAGGAAACAGGGUAUUCACAUAAAACAAUUAAGUGGCGAGGUUGCUUAUUUGAGGAGCGUAUUGUACAACAAUACCAGCAUUACCGCAUUACUGAAGACUAUCAACGAAGGCCUCCAGAAGAUCAACACGCAGAAGAACUCGAUACGCCCAAAUCAUACAUCAGAAAGCCCUAAUAAAACGAUUCCACAACAGAACUCUUGUAAUCCAAAGGAAGAACUGUUGAACAGUCCGAACAAGGAUAUUUUUAUCGCAAAUGACAACAGCAAUUCGUUUAUGGAACACAACAUAAACGAAAGUCAGAGCAGUGAAUCUUACGAUGAUUCCAGGAAGCAGUUUACUUGUAAGAAUUUAGACAUUAGCAAAAUUUCUUCUUGCUUCUUGGAUUACGAUCAUACUUACACCGUUUCAAAAAAUCCUGCAGUUGAUAUCAAGAAUAAUCUACCAAACAAGGAUAAAACGAACACCAUUACAUCCACGACGAGUUCAGUAUCGGAGGAUAGUUACAUGGAUAACGCGAAGGAAUUGGAUCCUUUAUUGCCAAUUGCCGAGGCAGACUUGCCCAAUGAGGAAAGAAAGGAAUCCGAUAUAGCGAUGGACUUUGACCAGCUGUCUACGUUCAAUAUGGACAUAUUCGACGAUCUUCCGAAAUGCGAAGAUAUAAUGACAUCAGUGGAUGGGUUGAACGAUCCGACGAAUCUUUUCACGGAGGAUGACAUAUCUCAAACUUUGGAUAAUACAGGAAUUUGUCUUCACGUUAACUCAGACAAAGUAUCUUUAGAAUUUUGUUCCAUAUGCCAUUUAAAUAGUAAGAACUCGGGAUUAAACUGAAGGGGGAUGAUUGAUUGUACCUCUGGUGUACUCACUCUAUGAUGAGUGACAGAAGAGGCCAACCGAAAAUUUAGAUACUAUUUCUCGAUCAGUGGUCUAAAAUCAAGUAACAAAGUGUAUCAAGAAGAUCGAUGUCGCUACUAGUUCUACCAGAUGCUCAUAGACAUUAUCCACAUGGAACGAAAGUUGCGUUAUUAGUAUUCCUAUAUUCUAUGUUUAUGUAUAUAUAUAUAACUGAAUGACAAAUCGCGCAUGUACGACAAUUACACAAAACAGACAUACGCUCAUACACACUCGUGCGUCGACUUUGUUUAUGUACAUAUGUGCAUAUGAUACUAUGUAUAAACGUAUCUGUACAUAUGUCUAUAUAGCAUUAUUUUGUAUAUCUAAUCAAUUUUUUUUUACAUAAUCUUGAAUUUCUAAGACUUGCUGUAGAAUACUAUUCUUAUAGACUGUAUCGUUACUACAUUUUGUCAGCGAUAUCUAACAUAACUACCGUUUUUUGUAACAAUUGUCUCGUUUGAUCCAAGUGACGGAAACAUUGUAAUCUCUUUUUGUUUGUUGGUUGCGUGUAAAAUCGUGUCGCUUCUGUUCCUCUGAAACUGUACUUUGCUUUUUACAGGAUAGACCCAUCUGGCAUUGACGUUUGCUAACGAAGAACGUGCGAUAAGUUGUGGUCUGGCAUGCCUGACACGCUCUAUUUAGCACUCCGUGUAAGAUAGUAUUUUGGGAACGAUUGCGAUUAGUCCUUGUUGGGUGUGCGGAAUUACGAUCACCCCCCUUCUUUUGUAUACAUGAGUAAAUAUUUUUCAACAGAUACAUCCCGAGGAUCUUCUUCAGAUAUGGAACAUUCCACCCACUGAUCGAGAUUUUAAUGGUAACUUAGGUUGAGUAUAAGGAGGACAAGUACAUAGAGAACGUGUAUUUUUUUUUAAGUUCCGUUGCAAUGCCAGAAUAUUUUUAUUUAUUUUAGUCGUAAUUGUAACGAAAAUGAUCAAGUAUGAUAGUUAAGUAGCUUCCAGUAUUUAUAGAGAAAUAUAUGUGUCCAGUUUCCGAGGAA